AUGGGUCCAUUGGUCAUUGAACACCUGCGGUUCUGGCGCAGCAGCCAUCCUGUGGCGACACCACCUAUUGAGUACAAUGAUCAAGCCAUAGUGGACAACCUUACUGAAAAUAAUGUGAGAAGGUUGUGGGCUAGCAGAAGGAUGCGGGAGGAUGAACAAAUGUACUUAGUCCACGUUCAGGGCACUGCUGGCAUUGGUCACCCAACCACGUUGGUCGUCAAAAAGUUCCAGAACAUGGACGGAACAGUGGACGAAAAUCUGGAGAACCGAUGCAAGUCGGAGAUGAUCCUGUUAGCCAGCAUCCGUCACGACAACAUCGUCAAUGUCCUAGAUGUCAUCCAGAGGGAAGAUGCCAUCAUGCUCCUCUACAGAUAUGCAGUGAACGGCAGCCUUGACUACUGGUUGCACCGGCGGGAGGAGGGCGACCCACCGCUGAGCUGGCCGAAGAGGAUGGCAAUCGCCAUCGCCGUGGCGAAAGGGCUCUGCCACUUGCACCAUGGAUGCAGCAAACCGGUUGUCCACCACAACAUCAACUCUAGCAACAUCUUGCUUGAUCAGGAUUUCAAGGCCGCAAUUGCCAGUUUUGAGGCCGCUCAGAUGAACAUGGCCGGUCUCAACCAACCGUUGCCGAUCGUGGAGAUUCCAGUCGGUAACUUUGGGUAUGCAGCCCCAGAAUAUGGGAUGGCGACGAACCAGGUGACAGAGAAGGUAGACAUCUACGGCUUCGGUGUGGUGUUGCUGGAGCUAGUCACGGGGCAAGCGGCCAAUGGAGCUGGAUCGGAUGGUCAUUUGGCGAUAUGGGCACAGAAGAACUUAGAAAAACUGAUGGCAAACAAUCUGAAAAUGUUCAAGAAUGCCGUGGACAAGGGCAUAUCAGAUCAAGCAAAGUACUUGCAUGAAAUGGCCUCCGUGUUCAGGCUUGGGGUGGAUUAUACUUUUUUUAAUACAUGUGAAACAUUUUUCAGGUACACGUCGAACAGUUUUUAA